UGUCAGGCAGCCGAAAACGAAUAAGAAGAAGCAACAUUACUAGGCAUUUUUGAUUUGGAAUUGGAGAAAAAACAAAAGAAUAGUCGGCCAUAAUUGUGACAUUAGCAAAUUGCGAGUUCUACAACAUGACCAACGCAACGGACAUCGGUGCCCACGACGUGGAGAUGGAAGUGGAUCCCACGGCCGAGACGCUGGCGGAUGAGAAGAAGAACCAAGAUGUGGCCGCAGUGCAGGAGAUUCGUGAGCAGAUUCGUCAAAUCGAGAAGGGGGUGGCCUCCAAGGAGUCGCGCUUCAUCCUGCGCGUCCUUCGCAAUUUGCCCAACACCCGCCGCAAGUUGAACGGCGUUGUCUUUCGCAAUCUGGCACAAAGCAUCUAUCCAGUUGGUGCGGAUCGCGAGGCUGCCGUGGCCCUAAUGCCCGCCAUGGAGAAGGACGCCACCGAACUGCCCGAUGUGCCCAAAAAGCAAGUGGCCAGCAAGGCUCCGAUUGCCGAAGUCGAUGCCUACUUCUACCUACUCCUGCUGGUCAAGUUGAUCGAUGCCAGCGAUCUGAAGCGCGCCGGAACCUGCGCGGAUGCUUUGAUGGCCAAGAUAUCCAUCCAGAACCGCCGCACCCUGGACCUGAUUGGGGCCAAGUCCUACUUCUACUUCUCGCGCGUGGCGGAGCUUAAGAACUCACUGGAGGGCAUCCGCGCCUUCCUGCACGCCCGCCUGCGCACCGCCACGCUGCGCAACGACUUCGAGGGUCAGGCUGUGCUGAUCAACUGUCUGCUGCGUAACUAUUUGCACUACGCUCUGUACGAUCAGGCCGACAAGCUGGUGAAGAAGUCCGUCUAUCCGGAAUCGGCCAGCAACAAUGAGUGGGCCCGCUUCCUGUACUAUUUGGGUCGCAUCAAGGCCGCCAAACUGGAGUACAGCGAUGCCCACAAGCAUCUGGUCCAGGCGCUGCGCAAGUCACCGCAGCACGCGGCCAUCGGCUUCCGCCAGACGGUGCAAAAGCUGAUCAUCGUGGUGGAGCUGCUGUUGGGCAACAUCCCGGAGCGUGUGGUGUUCCGGCAGGCCGGUCUGCGUCAAUCCCUGGGCGCCUACUUCCAGCUCACGCAGGCCGUGCGUCUGGGCAACCUGAAGAGGUUCGGCGACGUGGUUUCGCAGUACGGACCUAAAUUCCAGCUAGACCACACGUUCACACUGAUCAUCCGGCUGCGCCACAACGUGAUCAAGACUGCGAUCCGCUCCAUUGGACUCUCGUACUCGCGCAUCUCGCCCCAGGACAUUGCCAAGCGGCUGAUGCUCGACUCUGCCGAGGAUGCCGAAUUUAUCGUGUCGAAGGCCAUACGGGAUGGAGUGAUCGAGGCCACGCUGGACCCGGCCCAGAACUACAUGCGCAGCAAGGAGAGCACCGAUAUCUACAGCACCCGGGAGCCGCAGCUGGCCUUCCACGAGCGCAUCUCGUUCUGCCUGAACCUGCACAACCAGAGCGUGAAGGCCAUGCGCUAUCCUCCGAAGUCGUACGGCAAGGAUUUGGAGAGCGCCGAGGAGCGUCGCGAACGGGAGCAGCAGGACCUCGAGCUGGCCAAGGAGAUGGCCGAGGACGAUGAGGACGGUUUCUAAACGGCGGCUGCUGCUGCAAUUCAAUAUGUAUUUGCAUUCAUUUUUGAUAGAAACAUAAUCCGCAAUUAAAUAAGUUACAAAAUUA